CUUUCUGGUGGCGCGUGGCUGAAACUGGUAAAUCGACCUAGUAAAAGUUUGUCACCUACAGCGACUGGUAUUCACUUUUUGCACUUUUGCGGCAGUUUUGUCAUAUAAGUCAUGUACGAACGUGGAAAUUCCGCUUCAACGUUUGCUCUAGCUGUCACUGUUUGAGAAGUCGGAACUAGUAAUGUGCGUCUCUCUUUAUCAUGGAGAGACUGCACUCAGAAGACCCGUCUUUUCAGUGCAGUCGCAUUUCACACUGUGGAAAAAUAAUCUCCUUUCAAUGCAAACAAGCCUCGGGCACAAACGAAGGUGAGCUGGAGUUCUGCUGCUUUUUAUUCAAAAAGGAGAGCAGCAGGUUGCUGAAGGCAGCGCAUGGUGCAGCUGUCAUCUGCAAAAAAACGUCCUCCUGUCACCUGGACAUUGUGAAAUGUAAAUGUGCCGCAGACUUUAGGAAGAGAGUCUCUUCAGCGUGUGUUUUGGUGACACGCAGGAGUGUGAAAGGAGAGAAUUUCAAGUACUCUCUGUUCACACUGAGCAGCCCAGACUACAGACCGAGGCUCUGCUUUGAGUUUAAACUUCCUUAUGAGAUAAAAGGUGACGUGUCCAUCCUCCAGGGUCCCACUGUGUUAUGGAGACACGCUGAAAAUGUCUUUUAUAAGAGCCUUCAGGCAGGUGAGGUGAGGCAGAUUCCUGCCAAGAUGUCCCACAGUGUUGUUGCAGAACCCUACUCUUGUCAAGGACAAAUAUUUGUACUCGGUGUACAAAGUAAACACUUUCAGACCCCAAACAAAACCAUGGCCUAUAUUGUGCAAAAUGGACAAGAGUUUGAGUUUGAUGGUGCACAAAUGUUACCGCACCCUUACAUUUCAAUCACGCAGUGUAUCUUGGUGUUGUCUGCUGAGAAAGUGGACAACAUCCUGAAAUCCACGGUGGUCGCAGCGACUUCUUAUCAGCAGCUCGUCCUUUUCCUGAAUGGGACAGUUAAAGACGUAUGUGCGCUGCCUUUUGAGAAAGCUGAAGAGAUCCAGUUGGUAAACACUGGGAGGAAUGGAUGCCUGUUUGUUGUGUCCUUUCACCAGGGGCAUGUUUGUGCAUUGUGGAAGGAGACAUUUCAAAUUGCCUCUCAGUGGUCAGGCGUCAGCUCCGUUCAUGUUGAUGACUUUCUGGGAUGUGGAACAGAUCAGAUGUUAAUUUUUAAAAACAAUAAAGAAGGCCAUCCUCUGGAGAGCUUCCUUAUCACUGAUCUUUGCGGGAUUUCAUAUUCUUCGGGACAAGACACUGAAUCACCUCAGCGAUCUUCUCUUCCACCCGACAGCAAUCAUCUUGCUCUUCAAGCCUUAGAGUCUAGACUCCAGAGUGGACUGACUGUUCUCCAUGGGCUUCAGAGAGAAGUGAAGGUGAAAGACAGAGUUUUACAGCAGUCAGUCGAAGCCUUGGCUGAAGGAAAAGCUGCUAUCUCACCACCUGAGCAGGAAGACCUUGUUGCUCUGUGGGACUCUGGGGAUGAGUCAAAGGUCGAGCACUUAGAAGAAAAGAUGGAGGACAUGCCUGUAGUCUCUAACUUACCUCACAUUGACAAGCUGUGGCAUCGAAUCAUGGAGGACCAUGUGGUUGUGGGAGUGAUGCUGAUGACUGACAGCUCUGUACCAGUGGCCAACGUGAGUUUAUCCAUUCUGACAGAGACAGGCCAGAGCUCAACGCCUGCAGUCAUCCAGACCACGAGCCAAGUGUUGUUGCUCCCCACACCGGGCCCUUCUACCUCCACCUCCUCCUCCUCCUCCUCUUCCUCUUCUGUAUCACUAGAGCCUGCAGCCAAAAGAAAAAAGCCACACGAUGCCUGCACAGCCAAUGAUCUCAGCACAUGCAGAAUGGCUGUGACCGCUGUGGCCAGACUGGCUCCUCUCUUGAACUCUGACUGUGUCAAGUGCCGUGUCAUGCUCCAUUACGUCCAGAGACCAGAGGCUUUUUCUUUCAUUACCGCCUCGACACCAGUUGUCCUUCAGUGUGGUGAAGUCACGGUGGGCAUCCACAAUCAUUUCCAAAGCCAAUUACUGCAAAACCCCAGCCUCACAACAGAGGAGAUUGAAGAAGACCUCCUGUGUUUGUUGACGCUGCUGGAUCGAUGGGUCUUCCACAUCAACUCUCCUGAUCAGAGCUUAGGUGACAUAGACGGCUGGAUUCAGAAAAAAGCAGGAUGUAGGAGGGUGGACGUGAGUCCUCAGUAUCUGCUGUUCAAUUCUUCAGUUCAGUCAUCAGUCAUGCUGCUGCACUGGCGUCAGAUAAACCCUUUUAACGGGGAACUGUCUGUCCACUCCAGCCAGGUGCAGAUGCUCAAGUUCCUGGACUGUCUCAUGUCCCACCUCCCAAUGUCCUGCACUGUCCACCCUGUCAGGAGCACAGGAGGUCAUGGUGCAGCUCAGAUAUUUCCUCAGACUCUGGAGCUCGAGGUGGGGUCACUCAGAGACUCUCUGUCAUCGCUUUUUGCUCAGAAAGAGGAAAAUUUGAACUCGGGCUCUAAUGAGGCCCCGGAGUCCUCAUCAGUGGAGGGGCUGCAGAGGUGCAGAGAAAAAUGGCAGCAGGAUGUGGAGAGGAGCAGGAGGAGACUGAGCCCCCUAGUGGAUUUGGGGAGGUACCGUCAGCUGACCCAAAGGCUGUGCAAAGUCCAGCUCAAUGGGGAUUUGGCAGCUCUUCUAGAAACACAAGGAGCUCUGCUUCACUGAUUUCCAGUUAUUAUUUUUUUUGCAGAGUCCAAUUAAUGUGCCUGCUUCCUUAUCAUCCGUUUGGUCCUUUUAGAAGGAAGAAAAAAAAGCCUUGAACAGUGAAAUGUGUCAGGUGGAUAGAGAUGGAUCUUCUUGUUUGUUUUUGUCCGUUUCUCCCAAACUAAUAGGCUGUGCCUGUUGCUUAGCUCAACUCUGUGUGUGUGUGUGUGUGUGUGUGUGUGUGUGCUCUCAGAGAGUCUUCUGGGGUUCCUGAGUGCCAUUUGCUGUAUGGAGCUGCUGCCUGUCUCCAAUGGUUCACCUCCCAGGUUUCCCAACUUUAGUCUGAUACUGAUGCAAGGCUACAUCUCUGAUCUGCCCUUUCGUCUGUCUGUGUCCCACUCGACCCUUUGUUCAAAAAUGCUCUUUAACGUCUGCUUUGGUCGCUGCUGUUUGUU